AUCGAAUGUGUUAGCAUUUUUUCAAAUACGUCACAUCCGGUUAUAUUAUAUGAGAAUGAAAAUUAGGGAGCCGAUAUGUCAAAAUGUUAUUAGUGUAGGUGUGCUUUAAGCUGCUCUUCAACACAUUCCUCAUUAAAUGCGCACAUUUAAUUAAAUGAACUUCUCUGCCACAUCAAAGAUGAAGAAGAAUAUGAAAGGACUUACUCUACCGGGAGGAGAGAACACAACCCCCCCUGCCUCUGGGCCUGCAGGGGACCAACUCGAUAAACCCACAGAAAUCAGUGGCAUAGACCUACAGGAUUUACAACAGAGGGUAAAAGAAAUGGACAUCAAUGAACAACAGAGAGAGAGGCUAGAAACAUUCCUCACCCAGAAAGAACAAGUCGGGGAGUUGACCCAGGAAAACGAUUUUGAGAAGCUUGGGGAACUUGGGGCAGGAAAUGGGGGUGUUGUCAUGAAGGUCAUUCACAAACCCUCGGGGAUCAUCAUGGCUAGAAAGCUUAUUCAUUUAGAAAUCAAGCCGGCUGUUCGCAAGCAGAUAAUCCGAGAACUUAAAGUACUCCAUGAGUGUAACUCUCCAUUUAUAGUGGGCUUCUAUGGUGCUUUCUACAGUGAAGGAGAAAUUAGUAUCUGCAUGGAGUACAUGGAUGGUGGAUCAUUGGAUCUGAUACUUAAGAAAGCUGGUAGGAUUCCUGAACCAAUCUUGGGAAAAUUAACUGUAGCGGUUUUAAAGGGAUUAAGUUAUCUUCGAGAAAAACAUCAGAUCAUGCACAGAGAUGUCAAACCUUCCAAUAUAUUAGUGAAUUCAAGAGGGGAAAUAAAGAUCUGUGAUUUUGGAGUUAGUGGACAACUCAUUGAUUCAAUGGCCAAUUCCUUCGUAGGAACCCGGUCCUAUAUGUCACCAGAGAGGUUACAGGGCACCCACUAUUCUGUACAAUCAGACAUCUGGAGCCUGGGUUUGUCCCUGGUGGAGAUGGCCAUUGGCCGUUACCCAAUACCUCCCCCUUCCCCGGAGGAUCUGGGUAGUAUAUUUGGAGAGGAAGCCAUGGCUGAACACUUGGAAGCAGCUAGGACAGGCAAACCCUUGAAAGGCUCAGACAGAAAUAGUUUUAGCUUCCCGGGUCCGCCUGGCACAGAUGGCCCUCGACCCAUGGCCAUUUUUGAGCUUUUAGAUUAUAUUGUUAAUGAGCCACCACCUACUCUGCCCAAAGGAAAAUUCUCUGACCUCUUCAUUGAUUUUGUGGAGAAAUGCUUGAAAAAGAAGCCAUCAGAUAGAGCUGAUCUUCAAUCAUUAAUGAACCAUCAAUUUGUGACGAAGUCUGAGGAGGAGGUUAUGGACAUCGGGAACUGGGUUUGUAAGAUGAUGAACAUCAAACCCGAGCAAAAGAACAGCUAGACAACACACAGCAUUCCAGGCCAGCAGAUUCCAAUGAUUAGCAUUAUGCAUUUAUUGUGUAUCUGAGUGGUUUUCCUCCCAUUUUCCUCCAUGUGUACAUGGUUAUAUAAAUCUUGUACAACCUGUGGUUGUUUAGCUACUUCACAUUCGGCUUCAUAGGUUUAAUAUUCUCGUUCUUUUGAAUUCACUUCCUCCACUAGAAAAGUACAUGUAAAGUAAUGUAAGUAUCAAAAGAUGUAAGUUUGCAAUUUGAAAAGUUUUUGAACGAAAAUCUAUUGAUGGGCAUAAAGUGAUGAAAAACUAUAAAAAUUUACUUUUACUAAAAAAUUUCCACCUACGCAAGUUGCAGUACCGGGGGGGGGGGGGGGGGGGGGGGGGGCAGUGUGAAAAACAAAGGAAAUGCUGCGUAUGAAAUACUGUACAGACAUCAAUAGACAGUGUGUAUUGUGCUAGUACCAUAUAAAACUAGAGGAUAAAUGAUGUGUUCAUACCAGUUGGUAAUUUAUUUAUUUAUAGGCAUUGUGACUUUUCAUGCAUGAUUAUGUAUUUUCAAGGAGCACAGUUUAUCAUUUCACUUUUGGUUUACAUGUUUAACAAUACUAGUGUGUUUUUAGAUAUUUUCAGAGUUUUCAUGCACUCUAUUUAGUAAGUAAUUGUGUAAUAGAUUAAAUGUGUUUAUGGCAAAAAUGCAAGUAUUUAUGAUAAUCAAAUGAGUCAACUCACUGUUUGAAAUAGUGUUGUUUUUUUAUAUAUAAAUUUAUUGUGACUUUUUAUUGUCUAAAAAUGAUAUACUUCACAAAGACUUUAGAUCAAGCUAUCUCAAUGGGCACCAGUUUACCAUUUUUUUUGGUAAUAAUUUUCAAAGACUAAUUAUAGACGUCCUUUGACAGUUUUCAAUGCUUUAUAAAAAUCUAUUGAAUGAGACCAAAUAUUCAUUGAACAUGGGAGGUAAUCAUGCAUACAUAUUUUGUCCUCAGCUUUGUAUUAAAUAUCACAUAGUGAAAUAUAAAAAACGAUGUAUCUGUACUUUGUUUGAAAAUUAGUAAUGGUUGAACUAUAUACAAUGUACAUUUAAAGAUUUAUAAUUAAAAUUUUCUUUAUCAGA